CCCUUAAGCAUUUAAUACCGAAAGUACACAAUAAACAAAACCACGAUUUCGAGGCAUUAACCUAUUAACACUGGAGUGUUUAAUCAGCUGCAUAUUUUCUGAAAUGACGGUAGGACUCUAAAAUGAGUGCUCCAUCUCCUGGAUCAAGCUGCAAUCAGCCCAUGAAGAAUCUGGCCUCUGACCUCAGUGAUGAAGCAGUGGCCUAUGACCUCAGUAUCUGGAGUAGUUUGGGGCAGAGAUCAGAGUGUCCAGACCCCAGCUGUGUGUCUGUGAAGAGUGACACAUCCAUGAUGGAACCCAUUAAAUUCAGUGAUGGACCAGGGACCUCAGACUCUCCUAUCUGGAGUAGUGAGGGGCAGAGAUUAGAGUGUCCAGACCCCAGCUGUGUGUCUGUGAAGAGUGACACAUCCAUGAUGGAACCCCUUAAAUUCAGUGAUGGACCAGGGACCUCAGACUCUCCCAGGGGAGAGAUAAAUGAUCUGAUCAAAUCUGUAUCAUAUUCUGGAUCCCACUAUCAGAACCACAGCGGACAGAAUAUAAAUGUUUCUGACCUUCUGACCCUCAAAAAAAGUAUUCAUAAAACACACGCUCUGUUGGAAGAGCCUGAAGCCCUGAUACAGGAUUCUCACCAAUCAAUAGAUGAUGUCCUUCAUAGUUUUAAAGACCAGCACAAAACCAGCAUGAAGAAAAAGUGGGAGAGAUUAUCUGAAGGAAACAAACAAGAGAAUGUAACCCUCCUGAACAGGAUCUACACACAGCUCUACAUCAUAGAGGGAGAGAGAGAAGGAGUGAAUGAAGAACAUGAGGUUUUACAGAUGGACAAAACAGCCAGAACACAACACUCACAAGACACGUCAAUCUGCUGCUGUGACAUCUUUAAAGCUUCACCUAAAGCAGGAUUUGAGGAGAAAGACCAGAUCAAGACUGUUCUUACUAAAGGCAUCGCUGGAAUCGGAAAAACCGUCUCCGUGCAGAAGUUCAUUCUGGACUGGGCCGAGGGAAAAGCCAAUCAGGAUGUAGAUUUCAUGUUUGUGCUUCCAUUUCGAGAGCUGAACUUGAUCCGAGAUUAUCAGUACAGUCUUCACAGACUUCUGCUGGACUUUCAUCCUGAACUUCAAGAUCUGGACUCACAGAUUUAUGAGGAGUGUAAAGUUGUGUUCAUCUUUGAUGGUCUGGAUGAAAGCAGAAUCACACUGAUGUUUUCAGAUGCUCAGAAAGUUUGUGAUGUGACUGAGACUUCAUCAGUGGGUGUGUUGAUGUCAAAGCUCAUCAGAGGAGCACUGCUUCCCUCUGCUCUCAUCUGGAUCACCUCUAGACCAGCAGCAGCCAAUCAGAUCCCCUCCAAAUACAUCCACCGUCUGACAGAAAUUCAGGGAUUCAAUGAGCCUCAGAAGGAAGAAUAUUUCAGGAAGAGAAUCAGUGACCAGCAUCAAGCCAAAAUAAUCAUCUCACACAUCAGAAGAGCAAGAAGCCUCCACAUCAUGUGCCACAUCCCCGUCUUCUGCUGGAUCUCAUCCACUGUGCUUCAGAAGCUCCUGGAAGACGAUCUGAGAGCAGAAAUCCCUCAAACUCUGACUGAAAUGUACAUCCACUUCCUGCUGAUUCAGAUCAACAUGAGGAACCAGAAGUAUGAGGAGAGAGAUCCAGAGAAACUCCUGCAGUCCAACAGAGAAGUGAUUUUGAAACUUGCUGAAGUGGCUUUCAAACAGCUGAUGAAGGGCAAUGUGAUGUUCUAUGAGGAGGACCUGAUUGAGAGCAGCAUAGACAUUACUGAUGCAUCAGUGUAUACUGGUAUUUGCACUGAGAUCUUUAAGGAGGAGUCUGUGAUUCAUCAGAGGAAUGUCUACAGCUUCAUUCAUCUGAGCGUUCAGGAGUUUCUCGCUGCUUUGCAUGUGUUUUACUAUUAUGUAUGUGCAAUUAUGGAGGGAUUAAAGAAUUUUGCUUCAGUACAACAUUUGCUUAAAAUAGCAGUGGAUGAAGCCCUUGAGAGUGAGAAUGGCCAUCUGGAUCUGUUCCUGAGGUUCCUGCUGGGUGUCUCACUGGAGUCCAAUCAGAGACUCUUACAGGAUCUACUGACACACACAGAGAACAGCUCAGAGAGCAUCAGGAGAACCACACAGUACAUUAAAGAGAAGAUCAAGGAUGGACAUGGACUCUCCACUGAAAGAUCCAUCAAUCUGUUUCUCUGUCUGCUGGAAGUGAAAGAUCAGAGUCUGUCCAGAGAGAUUCAGGAGUUUGUGAAAUCAGACAAACACUCAGAGAAGAAACUCUCUCCUGCUCACUGCUCAACAAUCUCCUACAUGCUUCAGAUGUCAGAGGAGCCGCUGGAUGAGCUGGACCUCAUGAAAUACAACACAUCAGAUGAAGGGAGAAGAAGACUGAUACCAGCUGCCAGCAGCUGCACUAAAGCCCUUCUUUCUGGCUGUAAUCUAACUGACCAGGACUGUGAAAGUGUGUCAUCAGCUCUAAAAUCCUCAAACUCUGCCCUGAGAGAGUUGGAUCUGAGUAACAAUGACCUGCAGGAUUCAGGAGUGAAGCUGCUCUCUGAUGGAUUGAAGUGUGAAAAUUGUCAGCUAAAGAAACUAAGGUUGUCGGGCUGUAUGGUGACAGAGGAAGGCUGUGGUUAUUUGUCUUCAGCUCUGAGUUCAAACCCCUCACAUCUGAGAGAGCUGGAUCUGAGCUACAAUCACCCAGGACCAUCAGGAGUCCAGCUGCUCAAACACAAACUGGAGGAUACAAACUACCAGCUGCAGAUACUCAAUGUGGACCAUGGAGAACAUUUCAGGAUCAGACCAGGACUGAGAAAAUAUGCCUGUGAUCUCACACUGGAUCCAAACACAGCACACACUCAACUCAUCUUGUGUGAGAAGAACAAAACAGCAACAUGUAAGAAAGAGCAUCAACAAUAUCCUGAUCAUCCAGAGAGAUUUGAGAACUGUGAGCAGGUUAUGUGCAGAGAGAGACUGACUGGACGCUGUUACUGGGAGGUUGAAUGGCGCGGCACAGGGCAUGUAGCAAUGACAUAUAAAAGAAUCUGCAGGAAAGGAGGAAGUAACUGUAGGUUUGGACGGAAUGAAAUGUCAUGGAGUCUUUAUUGUAGUGAUAACUUGUACACUUUUUGGUGCAAUAAUAAGACAACUGACAUUCCUGCCCCUACAUCACGCUCUAAUAGAGUAGGAGUGUAUCUGGACUGGUCGGCUGGCUCUCUGUCCUUCUACUGCAUCUAUGACACACACACACUCAUACACAUACACACAUUCAACACCACAUUCACUGAACCCAUCUAUGCUGGAAUUGUAGUUUAUCCUGAUUGUUCAGUUUUUCUGUGUGAGAAUUAACAGCCUUCUGUGAGAA